GCAGACGCUGGAAGGACACAAGGGUGAGCGGCCAAUUCCCCAAUUCAAAGCAAGAUACAAUAAUAGCUAUAUGUAUUAUAUAUUACAUUAUAUUUUAUAUGUGCUAUUACAUCCAUCUACCAUACAUACAUGAUCACAACAACCAAACCAAACCAAAAACUAUAAAAGACCUAUGCUAUGGUGUCUGACUUGAUUCUUAUUUUCCGUCCGUUCGCAGACAGCUGCUGUUGCAACCACGGCGGCCGAUGCACCUGCUCGCACAAGAAGGAGCCGUCCCUCGACACGGUGCCGGAGUCCGACUCGGAAGCGGAGGUGGAAGUGCUGCUGCAGUCCACGACGAAGCCGAGAGCGACGACCCGCCGACGGCGCACCAACACGACGCACUCCGAGCCCAUCCUCAGCUUCGACGAGAACGGCCACCACAAGCCCGCGCAGCGCCACACCAAGGCCUCCCAGAAGAGCGGCCCCUACUCCGUCACCCGCGCCUCCAACAACAACAACAACAACUCCUCCUCCGCCUCCUCCGCAUCCAUGCACCGCACCACGAGCGCCAGCAGCCUCGGCACGAAGUCCUCCUCCGUCGGGCGCUCGCGCGCCGGCUCCUCCUCGUCGCCGGACCGCCACGCCGCGCGGCUAACCAAGUCCGCGCAAGCCUCGCCCUCCAUCGAGAGCACCUCGUCCUCGUCCUCGUCGUCCUCCUCCUUCCAACAGCUAAACGGCCAGCUGCCGCCACUAGAUCUGUCAGCGAUCCGGUAUCCGGACUACGCGUCGACGUCGUCGUCGUCGUUCGACCUGUUCAGCGGGAUCUCGGACUACGAGCCGCCGAUGUUCAGCGCGGGGCUGAGCGCCGCCUCCGUCGACUGGGCGCAGUACGACGGGCUGGAGCUCAAGGGCGCCGACGGCCUGACGCCCUCGAGCUUUGACCAGACGCAGUCGUACAUGGGGCUCGACUUCGGCGGUAGCGGUAGCGGUAGCGGCAGCGGCGCCGGCGCGUCCGGGUCCGCGACCGAGCCGACGCUCACCUCGAACUCGGGCGACGUGUCCGAGACCGAGGACUUCAUGUCCGCGUUCAGCGGGGAGCCGCAGUUCGACACGACGGCCGGGUUCCGGGGCGCGGGGAGCUACCUGGGGAUGUCGGCGUCGUCGUCGUGCGCGGCGGCGGCGGCGGCGGCGGCGCAGCACCAGCACCCUGGCGCGGCAGACCUCAACAACCUCGACUUCGACCAGUUCAAGGGCACGGCGGCGGCGAGCAAGCUGCUCGCGACGCAGCACGCGUCGGCAUCCUUCGCGGACGACAGCAGCAGCUCCGUCUUCCCGUCGCUCGUCGACGAGGACUCCUACUGGGGCAUGAACAACUUCACCGACGGCAUCACGCACUCCCCGGAUCCGCUGGUCUCGGGCAUGUGGGAUACCGCGUAAACGGAAAAGCCCCAACAACAAAAUCUCCGGUACAUAUAUAUAUAUAUGUGUGUGUGUGUGUGGUGGUGGGAUGCUACUCAAGAAACCUAGCAAACCACAACAGCCAGCCACACACACGCUUCUACGACCCAGUUCGAUCGAAAUUUCAAAUCAAAGCUACGGGGGAAACAGUGAACGAAUGAAAGAAACUCAACAAAAUCUACGCACAAAAAAAAAAAGAGAAAAAAAAACUUCAAUCUGAACUAAAGCUAAACUAGAUAUACAUACAUAUAUAUAUAACUACCACUACGUUAACCUGACUUUGCAUGCGGGAAAGAAAAAAUCACGGCGAGACAGAGAGAGAGAGACAGAGAGAGGGAGAGAGAAGGGGGCGCUUUGGGUUGGGUUAUGACAAUCAAACCAAAAAAAAACCACACACUGGCAGGUUCCAAAUUAUAAUGGCAAUUCGGAAUUUCCAGAAAGCGGGUUUUCCAUCCAUCGUUUUGUCAUCAUCUUUCUUGUUACUUUUUUUUUUUUUUUUUCUGCUUUUCUUUUCUCGUUACAUAUACUAUAUAAAUAUACACAUAUAUACAUAGGUAUCUACUAUAUUAGGUAUGAUCUUCAAUUGUUCUUAUGGGACGGGGUGGG